AUGUGCGAGACUCACGUCUACCCGCAGGUCCGUCCUGACGGACGCCUGGGGCGGUUCUCCCGACACGAGCUCUGUUCCGAUUCUUAUAAUGAGAAGCCAUGCGGCCGCGUGCAAGAGUUCCAACAUUCCAGCGAAUACAGACACAUGGAGCAGCUAAGUCCAUAUGGGCAAUUCCCGCCAUCACCACCAUUGUCUUCGCACUCGGCCUCGGACUCUGAACGAUCGAGCAAGAGGCGGUCCGGAGUCUACACCAACGGCCAGAAAGUGCUCGACGUCAACCACAAGCGCUCACGCUCACCGCGACACGAGAGAAGCGGCCGCGUCGUCUACGUUGACAGCCCACCACUGUCGCGGACCCCACCACGCCAAUACACUCUUUCGCGCAGCAUGCCGUCUAGCCCCAACGCCGAUGAGAGAUUUGGUACCCACCAACCCCGUUAUCGCGAGCCCAUUGUCGACGAGCGCGAGCGCGAGCGCCCCACGACGGCACACUUACGCCCCGCGAUAAAAGUCGAGGUGAUCAACGACCGUCCACAGAGGAGAAGCCACCACCGUCGAACUUCGUCUUCCAAGACCAGCUCGCGCGACAGUAGCGAAGAAGAGCGCCGACGCCGGGCCGAGAAGGCGGCCAAAGCUGAACGUGAUGCCGAUCGGGAGCUACAACGAAACCUGGAAAUUGCAAAAGCCAAUCAAGCAAUCGCCGGACGAAGCGCAAUGCCAUCAGCGCCUACACCACCAGCCCUGCGUUACCGGCGUGGGUCGGUGGUGAUCGACCGAACCGACCACCUAGCAGCUGGAAUGAACCAGCUCAACCUCGACCCUGAAGUGGAACGGCGCAGACUUGCGAGGCAAGCAGAGAAGAUCAAGCAACGCGAGGAUGAGGCACAGGCGCAACGGCUCAAGGAGCGCCUGAACAUUGGUCGCAGGAACACAGUUGGUUCUGCGUCGAAGCGACCAAAGGAAUACUACCCGACCUACGUUUACGGCUAUGAUUAG